AUGAAGCUCAACGUGGCCUUGUUUUUCGCAGGCCUUUUUGGCGCCUUGGCUGCGGUCUUUAUCUUACUCUCUUUCGGGACGGACUAUUGGCUCAUGGCGUCCGAGAGCUGCAAACCUGACGGAUCGGCAAGCACAUCAGGCGGUGUCGCUGUUGAGCGAGGCGAUGGUGUGACACCGACGGACCAAAGUGAUGUGACUCUUUACCACGAGGGUUUUUUCUGGAGGUGUUCAUUUGGAGCGAACGCAGAGGACAACGAUCUGAUCUGGAGGUUCUGGUUCACCAAUCAACCGUCCUCUAAAGUUUGUACGCACGCCUAUCUCUUCCCCUUCCCUGUGUCUCAGCAAAGCCACAAUGCCACGCAGUAUGACUCUGCCAUCAUCUACAGAGGCUUCUGGAGUGUGUUCAUGCUGGUUGGAGUAGCAGCAGUGAUAGUUGGAGGCUUCAUCAUCAUCUGUGCUGCGCCCUUCGCCAGCCACUGUUUGUAUAAAACAGGAGGCAGUCUUCUUCUGAUAGCAGGCUUCUUCCUCCUGUGUGUGGUGGUGAUGUUUGUGCUGUGGCUGGAGGUCCUGGAUGUGGUCAGUGUUUACGUGGAGUUCCAGCGCAGCACACUGUGUCCCAGCUUCGCCCUCUCCAUCGACUACGGCCUGUCCUUCAUGUUUGCUCCCAUCGGGGUUUUCUUCUGCUUCCUGUCGGGGCUGCUCUUCCUGCUGAUCGGCCGGACGAUACAGAUUCACUUCCACUGA